AUCAACCAAUCAACCUGUCAAAUUCGACAGAUGUAAACAUUGCGUAUUUUUAAAAUAAAAAUAAUAUUAAUAAAAACGUAUUAGUUAUCCAGGGAUUACCAAGUAAAUUAUUCGCUAUGCCGGAAUAUUUAUAAGUCCAUGGCUAUGACAUAAGUUGCCUUUUUAACGGAGUGGAGUAGUGUACAAGUGGUUACCAAUUAUUGUGGUAGCAAUUAAAAUUUAAAAUGUCUCGUCGAACACCUACAAAAUCAAGGGUAAAAGUUUGCAAUAAAUCUGUUUUUCAUCUUCAAGAUAAGAAAGCUGAUGAAAACGAACUAUCCAUUGGUUUAAUUAAGUCUGCGAAACGCACGGGACAGCUGACUUUAUGUAACAGAGGCCUUGGAACAGUACCUGAAAAUGUAUGGAAAAUUAAUGAGUUGGUAUUGGAGGAAACCAAAGAGGUAGACUUUGCGAGAUCUGAUCAAAACAACUGGUGGAAUUCUGAACCCCUCAAGAUGCUAGACCUCAGUUCCAAUGUCAUUAAAGCUCUGUCACCAAACAUCCAGUUACUGCAAGAACUAGUAACACUGAAGCUUCAUGACAAUGCUUUGACUAACCUCCCAGAUGAGAUUGGAGAACUGAGUAGUUUAUCAAACCUAAGCUUAGACCACAACAAACUGGAGACGCUGCCAAAAGAGUUCUACAAAUUGACUGAGUUAAGAUGGUUGAGUAUUUCACACAAUACUCUCACAAAAAUUGAGCCAGAUUUUGGAGAUUUAGUAAUGUUAACCUUUUUGGAUUUAUCUCAUAACAAACUGACAGUUUUACCGCCUGGGAUGGGAUAUCUAGUUCGCUUGGUGGAGCUCAAUUUGUCUCACAAUGAAUUGACGGAAUUGCCACCGGAUAUUGUUAACCUAAGAGAUUUAAGGAAGUUCAACAUAAAUAAUAAUAAUUUGAAGAGGCUGCCUCCCCUUGGCGAACUGAGGAAAAUGGAAAUUUUAGACGCAAACCACAACAACAUUGAACAACUGCCGGACUUCUAUGGGUGCACAGCUUUAAAAGAAAUAUACUUGGCCAAUAAUUAUAUUAAGGAAAUUACAGAAGAGUUCUGCGAUCAGAUGCAACAGUUGAAUGUGUUGAAUAUCAGAGACAACCAAGUGGAAUUGCUACCUGAAAACAUAUCACUCCUAAAGACACUCAAGAGAUUUGACCUCUCCAAUAACAAUUUGAACAAGUUACCGCGGAACCUAGGGCUCAUGUCGCAGCUGCAGAGCAUCAGCAUGGAAGGCAACAAGCUAUCGUUCGUGCGGCAGGACAUCCUCAAGGGCGGCACGGACCGCAUGAUGCGAUACCUGCGCGACCGCAUCACUGAGGACGUCGUCAGCGAGACCAGGCUCGAGAACAACUGGCCGGAUAAAUUUACUAUGAAGAAAAGUCAAGCGCUCAUGGUCCCUUCAAAAGAGCUUACAUCAGUGCCGGAAGACAUUUUCCAUACGGCGGCAGAAGCCGAGGUACACAUCGUCGAUAUUUCCAAGAAUAAGUUAACCGCAGUGCCUCAAGGGGUACAACACUUGCGUGAAACGUUAACGCAGUUAUUGCUAUCAUCAAACAGCAUUGAUAGUGUGCCACCGGAGAUAGCCCUUUGCAAGCAUUUGCAGUAUGUAGAUCUGGGGAAAAAUAAUCUCGCAGACCUGCCUAUAGAGAUGGGAGAUCUGAAGAAUCUCAGGGAACUAGCCAUAUCGAACAAUAAGUUUACGAAAAUCCCGCGAUGCGUCUACGAGCUGGAUAACCUGGAAAUACUGCUCGCGGCCGAGAACCAAAUAUCGGAAAUCAACGUCUCAUCCGACGCUCUGGCGAAGUUGAAGAAGCUGGCCGUGCUCGACCUCACCAACAACAGCAUCGUCACUGUGCCGCCCGAACUCGGCAACUUCACACAUUUGCGAUCUCUGGAACUAAUGGGGAACUGCUUCCGACAACCUCGACACGCCGUACUGGCGAAGGGCACAGCCUCCAUUCUGUCGUAUCUGAGAGACCGUAUACCCACCUAGGACAAGUAGAACAUAUCUAAAGCUGGCAACUGAUCUGUAUCAUUUGAAUGUAAUGUAACAUACCACAAACUGCUGUCCUAUAUCUAAAAAUCUACUAACUGAAAAAAUAUAUUUGAAGCCAUUAUAAAAUAGGACGUUAGAAAAACUUAUAUUUCUAUGUUUUUGGCGAUGACUCGAUAACUAUUUUUAGAUUACUGCCAAAAAAAGGAGUGUAAUGUUUAACCGACUUUCAAAAAAAGAGGAAGGAGCCUAUAAUUUUCAGGACAGUCAUUUGUUUUUUUUUUAAUUAUUAAUAUUACUUGUUAUUGUUAGAAAUAACCUUGUCUGCCAAUCCGCACAUGGCCAGCGUGGUAGACCUAUUCUUUAAAUAUCUUUAAGAUCGGUGAAGAAUGAUGUUCGCAAUGAAAAGAAUUUCUUUAGUUCGCAGUCAUCAAUUUCGCCAUUCUUUGGAGGAUACAGUAAGCCGGCGAUAAGUUGAUAAUGAUGUGGAAUGUUAGAUAUAGGACGGCAGUAAUGUGAGCCAAUGGGGAUCCACACUUCCAAUUUAUCCCGAAAGGUGGCGCAUAAGCGAACCGGCCUAACCGCUAUUCCGGUAGGAUAUCACCUGUGGAACCUGUGAGCCGUCAUACGCUAUUAAUUUAAUAGGGAUAUUUCCUAUGUCAAAAAUAAAUUAUUUCUCAGUGAUUAUUAAAUAUUCCAAAAUACGUAAAAUCCACGUCCUUUGUUAGUUUUAAGUGUAAUAACUAACUUAAAUUAUCGAUUACACGAAAUAAGCACACCAAAUCAUUGUGAUGACACAAUCCAGUAUUUUAUAGAAGCGCGCAAACUAAGCGCGUGUUUUGACUUUGGUAAAAAGUUACUGAUUCGAAUAGUUGGAUUAUGGAUACAUCCAUAGGAGAUUUCAAGUAUACAUCUUUAAAUAAUUCACCAAACAAUCGUAUAUUGUAUCGAUAGCAUAAUUCUUAGCAAAGAUGGCAAACCAACAAGAGUCAAGACAAAUAAGACAAGAAAAAUGUUGAUUUGACAUUGGUAUUGGCCAGACCUCUUGUGGCGCCCUCUGGGAUUAGUUUUGCCUGUGGAUCCCUAUUGCAAACAGAGCCGCCCACCGCAAGCUUCGCGUUGCUUUUUGCAGACCCUAUAGCUUAAAACGCUCUUUGCAAAUGUCACAUUACGAGACAAUUUUAGGUCAGUUGCCACCUUUACUUUCAUACGUUUGACAAUACAUAUCCGACAUACAUCCAUUGUGUCAAAUUAUUAUGUAACAUAUUUCUGCGCUACUCAGAUUCCUGAGAUUAUUGAGUUAUGGCUGAAAUUAACAAUCCGUCUAUCUGUAAUUUUCCGAUUUACUUAGCAACAUUGGUAUUUAUCAUAAAAACAUACAAUUAUUGACAAAUAUGACAAAUCACUUUAUAAAUCGUUUAUAACAUAAAUAGAUUACAGAUGGAUUGAUUAUUAUUAAUUUCAGCCGUUGAAUACAUUUUCUAUCAAUAUGUAAUUCUGAUUUUAAUUUCGGACGUGAGACGCUCAAAAAUUUUUUAUUUUAUUAAUCAGUCAAUCCACAGAUUACACUAUCAAAUUCCUUAGCUUUUUUAAUAUCUUUUCUAUUACCUAGCUUUCCUGUUCAAUGACCGCUCAUGCUCCAGAUUUACUAAGUAUAAAAAAAAGUGACAUAAUGGCUUGAUUUUUAGAUAAUAAUCUAAGCAAAAUACUUUUUAAAUUCUAUGUUCAAUUAAUUAUUUUUUGGUACUCCUUCACAUUCCCUCUAUAACAGAAAAAAAAGAGUUACCAAAUUUUUUGUUAUUAAGUGUUGCCAGUUAGUUUUAUAUAUUAUAAAAUAUUAUUUAUAUGUAUGCCAUUCUCAGUAAUUGGGAUUCGGCGAAGAAAAGUAUUGCCAUGUCGGAAAUUUUCUUUUAAUUUCUAUUCUUACUAAGCCAAAGUUAAAUAUAUAAAGCCAAAUCUUUCGUUUCAUGUACCUGAUUACCACCGCUGAUUCGUUAUUCAUUGCUUGUUAUAUUUGUGUUUUUUUCUUUAAUUGUUGAUAUUUUGUUACCUGUUUAUUUAUUGUUAAAUUCGAAUUUUCGAAUAUGUAUAUUAAUUUAUUUUGAACUUAUACGUGAAAAUAUAUUUAGAUUAGAUAUUUUAAGUGAGUAGGUAUUUAAAACAAAACGCAUUAUAGUAUGCGUUUUUGUACCUAUUAUAUUCAUUUAAGGUAGCAGUUGCAAGAAUAUUCCACUAUUUUUUGAAAUCUUAUAAUGGAUAAGUGAUAAGUUUUUUAUUCUAUUCUAAAAUAAAAUUGUUAAUUUUAGGCAUUGCAGCUUUUUCCAUUGGUAUAAAAAAUACAGGAUUGAAAAAAUUAGGUUUUUCAUCAUAUAAGCCAAAAAUUAACCCCAUUUUAAAAUUUCAGUCCCUUUUGCAAUUGUUACGAUUAUAAUAAUAUUUUUUUAAUUCAUUCAUUUACAAUAAGAUUGGGCAAGCAUUAUAUAAAACUAUUCCUUUCAAGGCCAUGGUAUUACAAAUAUAACCAUGGUAUUACUAUAUUAAUUAGUCACUGAAAUAGUCAGGUGUGACAGGCGAAUGCUCAGUCGCACCAUGAGGGUCCCAUUGUUGCAAUUUUGAUACGGAACCCUAAAACGUGUAUUCAAUGUACUCGUACCUAUACUUUUCGUCAAGACAUAUUCAAAUCACCAUUGAAAUCUUGUAAUAUUUAUACCAUUGAUGUUUUGCAUAAUAACGUUUGAUUGUGACAUAAAACAUUAAAUUGACAUUAAUAGAUAUGUACUAAUAAUUUAAGUAUGAUUGUUUUAUAGAUGAGUGUUUACUGCAAAUCUUCAAGAGUGGUUUUUUAACUUGUGAAUUUCUAAA